CCCUCAGAAGGACUCUGCUGUAGCUCUCUUCACUAGUGCGCUGUCUGGCCUGCUGUAACUGCUUUGCUUUGUUAAGAUGAAGAAUGAUAUGGAAAUUCAGUUUUCAUCAGUUCUUCUGCUAGCACAUUUCUGCUUUGUAGGAGCACAGACUGAUUACGCACCCUAUUUCUAUGAUAAUGGGCCUAACAGUAACAAUGGUAAUAUGGCAUUGUUAAAUCUCUCAGAGGACACACCAAAAGGAACACAGAUAUAUAUUCUUAAUGGAACUGAUCCAGAAGGCCAGCCAGUAAAGUAUGGAAUGACCUUUGAACCCGGAUCCAAAGAAUAUUUUCGUGUUCAUCCCAAAUCUGGAGCAGUAACUCUAAUCGAGGAACUUGACAGAGAGGCACAAGAUGAGAUUGAAGUCUCUGUCAGUAUCUCAGAUAGCCUUAAUAAAGUAGCUGAAAAGGUUUCAGUUUUUGUCAUGGAUGCCAAUGAUGAGAGUCCACAGUUUCAGAACAUGCCUUCCAUUGUAGAUGUCCCUGAGAACACUACAUCUGGGAAUAGCAUCUACAAAGUGCAGGCAGUGGACAGAGACACCGGCUCAGGGGGAUCAGUCACUUACUUCCUCCAGAGCAGUGAACCGAGCACAAAGUUUGUCAUUGACCAUCAUAGUGGUGUGUUGCGGAUAAAACCAGGUGAAACCCUCGAUUAUGAGAAAUCCCGCACACAUUUCAUCACUGUGGUGGCAAAGGAUGGAGGGGGUAUUUACAAGGGAAAGCAACAAGUGAUGUCAUCAUCUGCCACUUUGACUAUAAAUGUGAUUGACACUCAAGACACUCCUCCUGUUGUUGGGACUCCUUACUUUGGUUAUGUCUAUGAGGUCUCCUCACCUGGAUCUGAGAUAUUUACUGUUUUUGCCAAAGAUGGAGACAUGGAUAAUCCAAAUCCAAUCAUGUAUUCAAUAGAUUCUGGAGCAGAUGGUGUUUUUGCCAUCAAUCAAACCAGUGGAUGUAUCAUUCUGAAGGUGUACCCAGCAGACCUGAGGAGAGAAGUCUAUAAUAUUAAAGUCAAGGCUUUAGAGGUUAGUCCAGAAGGAAAACGCUUGGACUUUGCAGUCACCACAGUGACCAUUCGGGUAGUGGAUCUGAACAACCAUCCACCCACAUUCUUUGGAGAGAAUGGACCACAGAACGUGUUUGAGUUAACUAUGUAUGAGCAUCCUCCAGAGGGAGAGUUCCUGAGAGGCUUGAAAAUAACAGUCAAUGACUCCGACCAGGGAUCAAAUGCAAAAUUUCACCUCAGACUGGUGGGCCCAGGCCGCAUGCUACGAGUGGUUCCAACCGUCCUGAAUGAAGCCCAAGUCACUGUCCUGGUAGAGGAUUCUGCAGCAAUGGAUUUUGAGAAAUCACAAUUCCUGACAUUUAAGCUCCUCGCUGUAGAAGUUGACACCCCUGAGAGAUUUAGUGCCACGGCAGACAUAAUCAUUCAUCUGCUAGACACCAAUGAUAAUGCUCCCAAAUUCUCCUCUGAUUUUUACAUCGCCCGGAUUCCAGAAAAUUCGCCCGGAGGAUCCAGUGUUGUGUCUGUGACAGCCACAGAUCCUGAUUCUGGUCUUUGUGUGGUCAGAUACUCCAUCUAUGGCUCAGGAUCAGACCU